GUGCUGCGUCCGUGCGCCUACACCCGGCACCAUCUACGUUUCAGUGGUUGGACCGGAGGAAGGAGAGGUCGUGCCCGUCACUCCCCUGCUGGCCUUGCCGCCAGGUGCUUUCCACUCGGCCUCUGAGCUCUUCCAGACCACCGUGGACGUCAUCGAGGCCAACACUCCCUGGCGGCAAAGGAGGGGCACAGUGACAGACUGCUGUCGGUUGACUUGUCCGACCGCGAUGGAGCUGGCCAUGUACCAGAUCCGGCUCUCUGCUUGGAGGAAUUUCCGGGCUCUGUCGCUGGACCUCGCCAGCAUUCUAGAUUUUCUGGGCGCCUUCCGUGCCCCGGGCGCCGUGCCCGAUGAACACCAGAGUCGCCUGCGGGUCGUGUUGACGUAUCUGAUCAAGAAUCGCGCCUGGCCACUGGCCGCUUUUGUCCUGAAGGCCUGCCGGGGGGUGGGCAUUCCGAUCGUACUCGACGGCAGAGAACUCGCAGGGGACCAGCUGGAUCCCGAAGUGCUCGAGGCUUAUGCUGCGGACAGUCACAUCUGA